AUGCCCUCAUCCGCCACCUCUCCUCACAGCGCCGGCCAAAAGCGAGCGUAUCCCGCUGACGAACCCCUCCUCCAACCGGCACAGGAUGUUGCGGUUGCGGCCUCAACCAACUCCCCUCCUCCCCUCUCCGCCGCUUCGGCCACCUCGGCCUUCAGAAAUGUCUCGGCCUGCAAUCGCUGUCGCAUUAGGAAGAACCGCUGUGAUCAACGACUCCCUGCCUGCUCCACUUGCGAAAAGGCCAAUGUCCGCUGCGUAGGCUAUGACCCCAUCACGAAGAGGGAGAUUCCUCGGAGCUACGUCUACUAUCUCGAGACGCGGCUGGCAUAUUUCGAGCAGCAACUCAAGGCACAUGCCAUUCCUUACAAUGCCGCCGAGGUUUACAAUGCCGAGUCCAAGGAGCUGGGUGACCCUGUGCAAUCGCCAGGCAGUGCGAAGAGCUCCUGGAUAGGACCGCAAUCCCCAAGUAAUGGCUCGCCGCGGCCCAUCAAAAGCGAAGACUGGGACAAGAAGCAGGAAGAUGCCGACAAGCUCAACAAGCUGGUGUCAAACAUCGGCAUGGUUUCCGUGCAAGGAGCUUCUGAUGCCCGAUACUUGGGGUCUACAUCAGGCAUAUCGUUCGCCCGCGUCGUGCUGGCCGCUGUCAAGAGCUCCAUGUCGUGCAACAACUCAGAGCGAGCUGGUGUCCGGCCCAGUCGCCCGUUGCCUAACAUGGCCUCUUCGGGCGGUAGUUCCAUGAGGGAUUCCUACUUCGGCCUGCAAACCAAACCCACCAUCAAAGAAGCUCCGUUCCCAGACCGACCGUUAGGUGAGAAGCUCGUCAACUUGUACUUUGAGCAUGCCAAUCCCCAGAUCCCGAUCCUCCAUCGAGGCGAGUUUAUGGAUCUGUUUGACCGCACAUACUCGAUCGACCCGUCGAAGCGCACCAGCCGCGAGCUAUAUUUGCUCAACAUUGUAUUUGCAAUUGGCGCGGGCAUUAUCUGGGGUUCAUCCGACCCCCAGCCAAACUCUCAACAAGGGGACUAUGCCCACAAACGAGCCAGACUGGCUAUGCAACAAGCUCAGCCCGAGGAAUAUCAUGCUUCCGCCAUUGUCAAUCUCGGAUCAUUUUUAGCGGCCAGUUCAUCUCUGGAAGCAGCUGAGCGUCCCAAUGGUGAUUUGGAGGAGCUUCAAGCUGUUCUACUACUGUGUAGCUUUGCCUUGCUUAGGCCUGUGGCACCAGGACUCUGGUAUAUUGUCGGCGUCGCGAUGAGGCUGGCAGUUGAUCUCGGUCUACACUAUGAAGAUGGCACUGGUAUUGACAAUAAUAUCGAAGGUCACCAGGGUCCACCACCCACGAUGGACAUCAAGCAACCGGGGCAAGUGGAUGCAAAAGAAAAAGGGCGACGAGAGUGGAUUCGUGACCUGCGCAGACGCCUUUGGUGGUGUACCUACACCUUCGACCGUCUGGUCAGCACUUGCGUCGGGAGACCCUUUGGAAUCACAGAUCAAGUCGUGACUACUGAAUUUCCCUCCCUACUCGACGACAAGUUUAUCACGAGAGCUGGAUUUUUGCAGCCAACGUCCCCUGAUGAACCUACUUACAAAUGGGUCUCCCACCACUAUUUCCGCCUACGACUGUUACAAUCCGAGAUCCUACAGGUCCUCCAACAUCAACAAGCCCAACAAGCCCGUCUGAACGGCACCAAUCGUGCCAAUCAGUUCAUGCACACCAAGCUUCCGUCGCCUUUCCUGAUCAAGUUCGACUCAUUCCGAUCGUGGCGACGAGACAUUGACCAGCGACUAUAUGAGUGGAAAGAAUCGGCGCCGGAGCCCUCAGAGACUGGCGUCAGUUUCUCGGUGCAAUUCUUGGAGCUCAAUUACUGGCAAGCGGUCAUUAUGCUCUACCGGCAGAGCCUCAGUGUUCCGGCACCUCUGGCAAACGAGUUUAGCCCGACCGAGGACGUAUCGAGCCCGUCAAGUAUAAGACUAGAAGAAAAAGAGGAUGAAGAUCUGGUGUUUUUGAAAUGCGCCGAAGCUGGCCAGAAGACGUUGAAACUGUACAGGCAGCUUCACCGACUGCGCCUUGUGAAUUAUACCUAUCUCGCAACGCACCAUCUAUUCAUGGCCGGCAUCUCCUUCUUGUAUGCUGUCUGGCAUUCUCCAGCAGUUAGAGCCCGUUUGACACUAGAUGACUUUGACUUCACAGUCCUUGCUGCAACAUCUGUCCUGGGCGAUCUUAUGGAGAAAUGCCCUCCGGCAGAAGCCUGCCGUGACGCUUUCGAGCGAAUGAGCAAAGCCACCGUCCAAAUGUGCAUGUCUACUCCCGGAUUCGGCUUUUCGAUGGAACCGCGUGGAGAAUAUCAAUCGCGACAACAACUCGCCCGACAAUCCAGCAUGCAGAGCCAGUCCGCACAAUCGCAGACCCAACCAAUGCCCAUGCAGAUCGACUCUUACCCUUCUACAACGACCUCGACUGCAGCUCGUAUCGCUCCGAAACCAAUGCCAAAACGACCACCGCCCAAAUUCGACAUGGAUCUCCGCGAGCUGUUCCCCGAUGAUCUUGAACCGAGUACCCGGCCAUCUUUUUCCUUCCCUCAGCCCCUCCAAGGCCUCCAGCAACAGCAACAGAGGUCACCGCAAGCAUCCAUGGCAAUGGGACUAGCACCGUUGCAGCAGCAAUCACAACAUUCUCCUCGUCAACAGCAGAUGUCCCCGGCCUCUAGUAUCAAUUCCCAAAUCAACAACGGGCUCGGCAUGGGCACAUCGCACCAACCUUUGCUCUUCAACCAAGUUUCCACCCCACAGCAACAAACGCAACAAACGCAACAACAACAACAACCUUUCUACAUGCAAAACACGUACAAUCCCGACUUCAUGUCCAGCUUACCAGGCAUGGACUUCCUGAGCGCCGCCAUCACGGGAGGUGGCGGUGGCGACGGAGAAUUCAACCUGGAUGUGGGCGGUGGGCUAGAUCUGGGCUUUGGCAUGACCGGGUUGGAUUUCCAACAUGACUGGAGCGAUGGACAGGGUCAGUAUGAUUUGUUCGACGGCUUCUUCUUCGGCAAUGGCUACGGCGGUGGAAAUGGAAAUGGGUAUGGAGGUGGGAAUGGGAACAGUGGUGGGUCAGGGGGCGCGGAGGGCAGUUAG